CGCAAGAGAGCGAUGGCGCUGGAGGUCCCCUCCAUCGCCGUCGCCUCCAGUAGCAGGAGCUCUCAAUCCUUCGACAAGGCAGCGUUCGCGGCACAGAUCCGGCAAUGCGCUGCAUCGCGAUCGCUCCCCGACGCACGGCGCCUGCAUUCCGCGAUCGCCGAGGCCGGCGGCGACGAUCGCGAGACCUUCCUGGGGAAUCUCAUCGUCCAGAUGUAUGGCAAGUGUGGGAGCUUGGAGGACGCGGCAAUGGCGUUUGAGCGGCUGGAGAGGAGGAAUGUGUUCUCGUGGAGUAUUUUCAUCCAAGCGCACGUCCACAAUGGCGAGAACGAUCGAGCUCUUCAGAUCUUGAGCGUUCUUAGUGCUUGUACCAAUGCUCGUUCCUUGUCGCAGGGCAAGGGAGCGCACGAGAGAAUGCGAGCUACGGGGCUGUGCUGCGGGGAAUUCGUGGGUAAUUCUCUCCUCAACAUGUAUGGGAAGUGUGGGGGUGUGGAGGAGGCCAGAGAGUUUUUCGAGAGCAUGACGCACAGGAACGUUAUCUCGUGGUCGACCAUGGUUGCAGCAUAUGCCCAGAGAGGAGAUCACGACCAAGCGCUGGUUUUGUUCCAGAAGAUGGAGGAAGAAGGCGUAGAGCCAAACGAGGUAACUUUUCUCAGCGUUUUGGAUGCGUGUGCUAACGCAGAGGCUGUAGAGCAAGGCGAGAUGAUCCACCGGCUGGCGGCAAGGAAGAAGCUGGACGUCGGCCUCAUCGUUGGAACUGCGCUGGUGGGGAUGUACGGGAAGUGUAGCCGGCUGAUCGAAGCGAGACAGGUGUUUGACGGUAUCGUGGAGAAAGACGUGGUGACUUGGAGCACCAUGAUCUCGGCCUAUGCCCAACUUGGUCAUGUCCGAGAAGCGAUCCAACUCUUCGGGUAUAUGAACUUGGACGGUGUAAGGCCCAACGAGAUCAUCCUCAUGAGCAUUCUCGGGGCGUGCUCUAGCGCCGGUGCUCUAGCUGAAGGCAAGAUGACACAUGAACUCGUUGUCAUCUGUGGAUUUGGAGCAGACGUCUCCACUGGGAACACACUUAUUAAGAUGUACGGUAAGUGUGGAGACUUGGCAUCUGCGAAGGCCGUGUUUGGAGGGAUGGAGAGAAGGGACUUGAUCUCCUGGUCGGCAAUGCUGGCGGUCAUUGCCGAGCACGGGCACUGCAAAGACGCUUUUGUUCACUUUCGGAGGAUGGAUCUAGAGGGUGUGAAGCCGGACUACGUGACUUUCGUCAGCUUGCUGGACGCCUGCUCUCUCUUGGGUGCCUUGGUCGAGGGGAACGUAAUCCACACACGGAUAAGAGCCGAAGGUUUUCAGUCGGUGAUGUAUAUCGAGAAUUCCCUCAUCGACAUGUAUGGGAAGUGCGGGAGUUUACAGGCUGCCAGAGGGAUCUUCGACCGUAUGAGUCACAGAAACGUGAUUACCUGGACUACGAUGAUCACGGCGUGCGUCCAGCACGAGCAAGGGAAAGAAGCUCUUGAGUUAUUUGAGGAGAUGGAGAAGGCGGGUGUGGCUCCGAAUGCAGUGACUUUGGUAGCCGCUUUAGAUGCGUGCUGCAUCUCUGGGGCUUUGGACGCGGGAAGGGAAAUCCAUGCAAGGAUAUCUGCGAGUGGGAUCGAAACAGACAGGAUAUUGACAUCGCUCGUCGACAUGUACGGGAAGUGUGGGAGUUUAGAGGAUGCGAGGACGGUUUUUGAGAAGAUCAAGGGACGAAGGUGUGUUCCUGCCUGGAACGCGAUUAUCCGGGCUCAUGCAGAGAACGGCCAUGGUCAAGUCCUUCAACACUAUCGCCGCAUGAACCUGGAAGGACUAACGCCAGAUGACAUCACUUUCACGACAGUUCUUACUUCCUGGUCAGACUUCGGCAAUCUCAACGAAGUGAAAGAAGUCCAUCAUCAACUUCGAGCCGGUGGCUACGAGUCCGAUCUCAUACUCGCGACAGCGCUCGUCCACAUUUACGGGAAACUCAAGAGUCUCGAAGAUGCCAGGUUUUUGUUCGACCGAACGGCAAACAAAGACGUGGUUAUCUGGAACGCAAUGCUGGGUGCCUACGCGAGCCAGGGCCUCGGGAAGGACGCGCUGGAGCUCUACUCAGAGAUGGAUCUAGCACCAAACGACACCACCUUUAUAAGCGUCCUGGAGGCGUGCGCCAGCACUGGCUCCAUCCACAAGGGCCGCGCAGUCUACUCACGUAUCACAGAAGCUGGAUUCGACUCCAACGUCCAAGUCGCUACCUCACUGGUGUACAUGUUUGGGAAGUGUGGGAAGCCAGAAGAAGCGAGGCUUGUCUUCGACAAGAUGCGCGAGAAGACGGUGGUUUCAUGGACGGCCAUGGUCGCAGCCUACGCGCAGCAGGGCCACGGAGCGCAGGCACUGGAGCUGUUUCAAGAGAUGGAUCUGGAAGGAGUCCAGCCCGAUCAAGUGGCCUUCUUGAGCAUCAUCCAUUCGUGCAGCCACUCGGGCCUGGUGGAGGAGGGGCGGAUUUACUUCCUCAAGAUGGUGGAGGACCAAAGCUUUACGCCAGGGGUGGAGCACUUUGUGGGGAUGCUCGACUUGCUUGGGAGAUCUGGGAAGCUCAACGAGGCUGAGGAGCUGAUGGAGUUCAUGCCAGUGGAGCCGGGUGUUGUCGGCUGGAACACGCUGCUGUCGGCCUGUAAGACGCACAACGACACAGAACGAGCUGGUCGGGUUGCUGGUGGCAUGCUUGUGCUCGGGCCGGGCCAUGCGGGACCGUAUGUAUCAUUCUCCAACAUCCUUUCUGGUAAAGGUUAGUUUAAAGGAAAUGGAAAAGUGGUGUAAUUGCAAAUUUCAAGAAAUUUCAAGAGGAGAAACGCUACAAGAGC